GUCGUGAUAGCUUCAUAAUUACUAGAAUAGUCUAAAAGCUGAAAAGUUUGAAGGAAGACACUGGAAACUGGACUGAAUGAUCUGAACUGCCAAGCCACAUGCCGAUACUGACGCCUCCAAUUGGCGAAAAGCUAAUCUCGACCACCAAAACAUUCAACGGAUUAUCUUGGACAUCGCAACAGCAAGAUGGCACCUUGAACAUAAUAUCAUAUGCCUGAAGCAAGAGAACAAUUACUACCUGGAGAUCCGAUAGACAGAAACAGAAGACCCCGUGGCUUCUGUGGCAUCAAUCUUCUCAUGUGAGAGCAUGCUUUCAUUUCCCGUCCGAAGGCUCAUCAGACUCCUUAGUCCCGUCCUUUUCGUAGCUACGGUUUGCGUUGCAUUCUUCGUCAUUAUGGGUGAAGCACCAAAGCCAGAGGAGGAGUACCUCAAAUUCACAACGGUUACGGGAUAUUUCCAGCAAGAUGAUCCAGCUACGAAUCCCAAAGCAUUUGAUUAUGCUACAACCAACUUUGGUCUGAUAAAUCGUGCAUAUGACACAGAUGCAAAUUUCGAUCCAGAAGGAACCAAAACUCAAUGGCAAAAGUUCGACCAUCAUGUCACUCAGAUAAACCAUGAGAGCGACUCAAAUACUCAAUACAAAGUCUUGUACAUGGGACGCCAUGGGCAAGGCUAUCACAACGCUGCAGAAUCUUAUUAUGGCACCGAAGCGUGGGAUUGUUACUGGUCCCUACAAGACGGCAACGAAACAAGUACAUGGGCCGACGCACUCCUCACAGACAUCGGAAUCGCAGAAGCAAAAAAGGCCAAUAAGUUCUGGCAAUCUUUGAUCUCAGACCAAAAGAUAUCAACCCCUCAAUCAUAUUACACAAGUCCACUACUUCGCUGCAUGCAAACAGCCGAGCACACCUUCACUGGGCUCACUCUCCCAGCUGAUCGGCCCUUCAUUCCAAUGAUCAAGGAACUCGUUCGAGAGGUAAUCGGCGUCCAUACCUGCGAUAGACGAAGUACCAAGACAGUGAUACAUGGAAAAUAUCCCAAUUGGCCUUUCGAAGAAGGAUUCGCUGAAGAAGAUGAGCUUUGGAGCGCCACGCUGAGAGAAACUGCCGAAGCGCAAGAUCAGAGAACGAAAGUGGUUCUCGAUGAUAUAUUCUCGAAUGACGAGAAUACACAUAUCAGUAUCUCCAGUCAUUCAGGCGAGAUUUCGUCUAUUUUAAGAGUUCUUGGACAUCGAGCUUUUGCAUUGAGUACUGGACAAAUGAUUCCAGUGCUGGUGAAGAUUGAGAAAGUCAAAGGAACACUGCCCCCUGUGGUGAAGGCGCCGUGGGAUAAGCCGAAGACUUGUGAAAAGCCGCCUGCUAUGCUGUAGCUUGUUGGAUGAGACAUCAAUAGAGGUUAUCGACCAUUUCUGGACCGAGUCAUCUCGAUGCUUUGAUACAAGUGAUGCUCGAGCCCUGAAUCGUAGCUCCCGCAAGUGCACUGCAUGAUCUUGUUGUCCAAAAUCUAUGUCGUGUACUUUGUCCGACGUCGUUUUCCACACUAGAUAUGCAGAAGAUUCGGUACUUGUGCGGUUGUGAGACAUGAGAGACAGGCGAGGCUGGCACAUUUGCAUUUCACUCAAUGUCUGUGAUAUUAAUGGACUCUUUCCCUGUCUUUGGCUUGAGUGUCGUCAGCUGGG